GACGUGCAGUGUACACCAACCAUAGACGAGCGUGACGUCACGUCAGGUGAUCAGUGGGUCAUGUGACACAGGAAGAGCAUCAUGUGAUCGCUCGUCUGCCUGAAGCACAAACUUAUUUGAAAUUUUCAAAUCUAUCAACAAUAAAACAUCAGCUUUUUCUCCACACAAUGAAAUAAACACAACACACACACGCACACUGCAGCUGAUGUGACUGAGAUCAAUCAAACUUAAGUGUUCAUCACGUGACAGUCUGAUAAAGCAUCAGAUGAGACUCUGUACUGAUACAUCACACAGAUUGCUGAAGAUCAGGAGAAACAUGGCGCUUUUGCUUCAGUGUCUGGGUCUGAUCUCUGGUCUGAUCUCUGCUGCUGUCUCUGUGCCACCGAUAGGAACUCAACCUGAGCAGGUGCACAUCUCAUAUCCAGGUGUAAAGAACUCAAUGGUGAUCACGUGGUCCACCUCCAAUCAGACCGAGAGCGUUGUGGAGUUUAAUCUGUGGGGUGAAACACUCUUCAGUCACGAGAUGAAGGGAAACUACAGCCUCUUUAUUGAUGGAGGACCAGAGAACAGAACGACAUACAUUCACCGGGUCAUGCUGUCUGAUCUGAGACCAGGGGCAGCUUACGUGUAUCACUGUGGCAGUGACGCUGGUUGGAGCGAUAUCUUCUCUUUCACAUCUCUGAAUGAAAGCUUGAGUUUUAGUCCCAGAUUUGCUCUGUUUGGUGACAUGGGCAAUGAAAACCCUCAAUCUCUGAGUCGACUGCAGAAAGAAACUCAGAUGGGGAUGUACGAUGUUAUUCUGCACAUCGGUGACUUUGCCUAUGACAUGCAUGAGGACAAUGGCAGGAUUGGUGAUGAGUUUAUGAGACAGAUUGAGUCCAUUGCUGCAUACACACCCUACAUGACGUGCCCGGGUAACCACGAAUGGUCAUAUAACUUCUCUCACUACAGAUAUCGCUUCAGUAUGCCUGGACACACAGAGAAUCUCUGGUACAGCUGGAACAUUGGUCCUGCUCAUAUCAUCUCAUUCUCUACUGAAGUUUAUUUCUAUCUGGAAUACGGUCUGGAUCUUCUCUUCAGACAGUACGAGUGGCUAAAGAGAGACCUCGAGGAAGCAAACAGUCCUGAUCAGAGAUCUGAACGUCCGUGGAUCAUCACUAUGGCUCACAGACCCAUGUACUGCUCCAAUGAUGAUGGAGACGACUGCACUCGCUUUGAAAGCUAUGUUCGGCGUGGACGCAAUGACACGAAACCCAGCGCUCCUGGACUGGAGGAUUUAUUCUAUCAGUAUGGAGUCGAUUUGGAGCUUUGGGCUCAUGAACACACGUAUGAACGACUCUGGCCUGUAUAUGAUUAUAAGGUGUAUAAUGGAAGCUUUAAAGAACCGUAUGUCAAUCCUAAAGCACCUGUACAUAUAAUCACAGGAUCUGCUGGAUGUCGAGAGAAACAUGAUGGAUUUAUUCCUAAACCUCGCUGCUGGAGCGCUUUCAGAAGCACAGAUUACGGUUACACACGAAUGCAGCUGAUCAACUCUACACAUCUUCAUCUGGAGCAGGUGUCUGAUGAUCAGUAUGGUAAAGUCAUCGAUCAGAUCACGCUGGUAAAGGAAGUACACGGACCGGACGCGUGGCUGUAAAGAUUCAUGACCCACACGCCAUCAAACGCUCUGUCAUCAUUUCCUUAAAAAACACGGCCAACCUCUUCAGGAUCAACCUCAGGCAUUAAAACCUCUUUUGGGAUUUUAUGGGAACUGAUUUGAUUUGUCAGUUAAUGGAAAGACUUGGCUGAGAUCAUCUUAAUUUUUUUAUCUUUCUGUUUAUUUUGCUGAACUGAAUGAAAGUUGUGAGAACAUUCAAAUUCCUUGAUGAUUUAACUUCAGAUAACAGAUCUACUUGAUUUCUUAAAUGAUCAGAUGGAUCAUUUAAGAUGUUGCUGUGUGUUAUGUACUUGAGUAUCAUGUUAUUAGCCCAAAUUUUGCAGAAAUCAUGGAUUAGUUAAAGUUUUUUCUGAAUCGAUCUCAUUUAAGAACACAAUUAAGAAGUUAACUGUUGCCUACAAUCUCUGUGUUUGUUGUAGUCCAAGAAAUGUGACGAGAUCUCGUGCGAUGACAUUCUGCAAGAUUAAAUAUGUCUCACACAAUUAAUUAUGUCACGAGAUUUCUUGUGGAGGUUGAAAUGCUGGCCGCUUCUCAAACAAAAGGCUGCAUCCAUUUGUUGACAACACACAUCAUAAAUUGGUCUUAUUACAGAAUAUUAACAAUUAUAAAGCUUACUAUUUAGUUAAUCGUAAAUUGUUGUUAUAUACUUAUGACUUGUGAAUGUAAUGCGAUGUGCAUGCAUAAUUCAGUAUUUUACUUUUAGUGUGUGCUUUUUUGUUUGGGUUUUCAAUAAUGUUCAUCUGAGACGUGUUGUGUUUGUCUGUUGAUCAGUGUCAGAUGUCUCAGCAGAUUAAACCCUUACAUGAUUUAA